ACCGCGACUGACUCGACCGCCGGUCUUAACGCAGUCCAGCCGCCUGCGAACGGCAGCCACGCGUGUCAACCGCGUUUGACGUUUCGCCGCCCGGGAGUCGGGAUUCGGAUCUCGGACGCAGUGGUCGUCUUCACGGGGAACGGAUUCGCGAAUUUCUGUAAACGAGUGACGAGUGUUGGGUUCGGAGCUUGUUGCUGAUUUCUUCGCCGUGAUAGUCGCGAGCUAUUACCUGCAUGUCGUAUUCAAUUGUAACACGUAGGAUAAUAAGUAUAAUAUGCGGAAUAAUUUUCAACGUAUUUUAUUGUCUGUUGGGAAUGUUACAUGCUGAUAAUUUCGUUCUUUAAUCGGACAGCGAUUAGUCUGUGGAGAACCGUUGUUUUCACUGAUGAUGGGUUUUUUUUUUUUUUUUUGAUGUACUUUGUUUAGUUUGGAGCGAACGAUUGCUUUUUUAUGCGCCGCAACACCUUCUCGCUCGUAUAUAAAUGCUGAUUAUUCGAAUAUCAAGAGGUGAUAAUAUGGUAACUUCAAGGGCAUUUAUACACGCCAACGUUUCAACUUGAUAAAGUAAUAUUUGAAUUGAAAUACACGUGCGGCUCCCCUACAUGGGUGUAUUUUAAUUACUAGGCGUAAAUUAUACUUGUACGUUGUAUACGCUUUAUCUCAGUUCAACUUCAAGACUGCAAGAAAAUUGUUCGUACAACUCAACUGUGGAACACCGUGAAACAGUGAUUGUUUUACAAUCAGGGUUUAUCUAACUUUCUAUCGAACCGUUGAUUUCUUAUCGUCGCGAUAUCCGAGUGUUGCGAGUUUUAAAUAUCCCGGCAAGUAUGCAACAGUUACGAUCAAUCGUUGGAAGCCUAGUCGGUCCAAAGCCUUGACCGGGAGUUGAAACUUUAAACUUUCUACAAAAAUAAAACACGCUGCAAAGUAUCUCAUCGUAAGUGCGGUAAAUUUCAGCAACAACUCUUAUAAUACGUGAAAAAAAUUUAAACGACUUUUCUGAAUUACACGUAAAGGAUAAAUAACGAUAAAUAACACGUCAAUCAACGAUCGUUUGUAACAAGUAUAAUAAAAAACACAUUCCGUCGGGAGAGUGCAAAAGGCAACAGACGGUGUCGAUUAGGGAAACGUGCAGGUAGUAAAAAGAAGAAAACUCCCCUUCGGACCUCCGAGUAAAAAGUCACCGAAACUGGUGAUUCCGCGGUGCAGUGCAAGUGGGAUGCAUCUCCCGGUGGGAUCCGUAAGCUGCGGGGAGAAUUUCACUGGGACACGAGAGGGUGGCGGUGGUGCUGGGAGUGUCGGGUCGGGAGGAGACGGUGAAUUAACGGGAUCUUCGCUGUCGCCCCUCCAAGGGGGCGGCUUAGGGUACCAAGGAGGCGGCGGCGGCGGCGAGAUGAGCGAAACCGCAGCCGUUGGUGAACUCUGGUGGACGGAGAGGCUCGUCGACGAGGCGCAGGCCAAACACCCCGGGGAACUCGUCAGGACGGGGUCACCUUUCUUCCUCUGCAGUCAGCUACCGACGCAUUGGAGGUCGAACAAGGCGCUACCGGGUGGAUUCGAGGUGGUUGCACUCGGCGAGGUUAGCGACGGCACCCUCGUCACAGUCCGCGCUGGUAACGAAGAAAAAUGCUGCGCCGAGAUCAGGAAUUCGACGGCCCUCAUGAAGAACCAGAUCGCCAAAUUCAACGAUCUGAGGUUCGUCGGCAGAAGUGGGAGAGGAAAAAGUUUCAGCAUAACGAUAACGGUAUCGACGAGUCCGCCUCAAGUUGCGACCUACAGCAGGGCUAUCAAGGUGACGGUUGAUGGACCAAGAGAACCGAGAUCAAAGACCAACUUAGGGCAGCAGCAGCAAUUCCGGGCAAUCGGACUGGGUCAGAGGCCGUACAUAGAUUCGGGCCCACCCUUCGGCAGUCACUUGAGAGACUCGCUCGACCAUCAGUACCGUAAGAGCAAGUACCAUCACCAUCAUCACCACCACCAUCACCAGAGUGUAAGCGCGACCUCCCCGACGUCCGUCGUUCCCGGGCAGCUGACGGGAUCCGCGGGUUCGUCGGGCGGACAGCCGACGACGGCACAGCAGGAGUGUUACAAGCAGAGCCCUCCUCACGGUGAUACCGGCGCCGGGACCACGGACUGGUAUCCUCCAUCGAAUUCGUCUUAUACCGGGGCUGGUAGCGGGCCCUAUUCUCCACUACCAGCAGCCUUCUCCUACCCAGGUGAAUCGCUAUCGCACCACCCAACGACGGAGCCCGUGUCUUUACCAUCCGUUAUGGGCGAUACUCCGCAAGACACGUACACGCCUAGUUACGUGUCGACGCAGUAUCCUCACGGGCCGACGGCGACGCUGCCGCUGGUACCAGCGAAAUCGUCCGAGCUUGAGAUUUUGGGGAAUAACGGAAGUGGGGAAGGUAGCGGAAGUCCAGGGUAUCACUACGGCUCGUGGGCAGCGAGCCCAGCGGCCCCGGUCCUGCCCCACAACUACAACCCCAAUCAUCAGGGGUACUACAAUCCACCGCAAAAUUAUAUCAAUCCUCCACCGAUGGUUUUGUACCCUCAACUCUACAGCACUGUCAACCAAAAUCAAAUACACGUUCAUUUACACGGUGAUUUAAGCGAGGAACAAGUCACCAUAGCUAGCGGGUUGAGCAUUAGUAGUAACAGACUGGAAAUUGGUGUUUUAGGAGAGGAAAGCGAACAGAGAAAUGAUGUCUGGAGACCUUAUUAAAAUUGUUUGAAGCACCAUCACACCCUCCGUCUUCCCCCUCUCCUCGAACAAACACUGACAGGCUCGUCGAUACAGGCACUCGAGUUUAAUUCGUACGGAGAACUUGAUGAUCGAUUUGGAUACGCUUCGUGUCGAUGGGACUUUGGAAGAUUAUAGAAAGUAAGGAAAUUAUUUUUUAGGAAAAUUUAAUAGAGCCGGAGGGAGGUACAGUUCUCCAACGAAUAGAUCGCCCGAAAUCAAUCGGAGGAACAAGGAACCUUCCGCAAAGAGUCAUUAACAAUUCGGACGCAUAUUUCCUUAGACUAUUCUAAUCACUGAUUCAUUAUAAUUAAUUACGUGACGACUGGAAGAUUUUCCUCUUCGGGCUGUUAGAAAUACGGGUUUCCUCGUAGAGAAUGUAAAUUUAAUACUAUCCUUUGUUUGCUCAAAAAUUUCUUCUCGGAAUUUGUUUAAUAAUUUACGUUAACUUAAAUGCAUUAAAAAUCUAAUAUUAUGGUCAAUUUUGAAUAAUUUUUAACGCCAGCGAAUUUCUCAUCUCGAUUUAAUUACCUGACCGUGUUGUAUUCUACAAGACUUGACGUAGCUUCAAUUAAGACUCGUGUUAUCAUCGGCUUCUCUCACGUAGCUACUAUCAAUGUCAUAAACUCCUGCGGAUUGCGAGCAUUAUUCAUAGCUGUACAUAUUUUUUUUAAAUCGUGUCUGACUUUACAAGGGUCCGGGGUAACCUGUUAUACCUGCCCGGAAAUACGGUCACGGACUGCAUAAGAUCUCAUUAUACCUACUUAUUAUUUACAAUUAGAUGCAAAAGACAAAUCAUAGAAUCGGUAUGCGUAAUAUCGGUAAAUAUUAUCAUGUUUUCAACGGUAUAAGAAGAAUAAUAAAUAAAAAUUAAUGGAAAUGUUAGAUGUUACAUUUUAAACAAACAUCAUUGGUUGUACAACAGAGUUGUGAACUCAUGUAAUAGUGAUCUAAACUUCUUCAUAAUUAUAAGCAAAUGUAAUGUAUAACUGUAAAUCUUAUAUAUAUAAAUAUAUAAAUAGUGAAUACCAAUUGUAUGAUGCUACACACAUCAGGACAUGAUUAAUUUUAGUAUUAUAUAAAUGCAUAGUUUAUAAAUACUAAUAAAAAUAAUAGUAACAUUAACUUUUUAUGUAAAUAUACAAUAAUGCAAUAUUUUUCAUGAAUAAAAUCUUG